UUUAGAGAUCGCUCAUUUGGGCAUUUUAGUGUCUCCUCUCUUUGUGAACGCACCCUGGACAUUUCAUCAUGACAGCAGAUGGUAACCCAGACAGGUUCACUGAGCCCAGACCAAUGGAAUAUGGAGGUCACAAUCAGAAAACGCCUCAAACUAAAUGUUGUUCUCCAACUCUGAAGAUCUUUAUUGGUUUACUUGCCUUCUGUUAUUUCACAAAAACUCUAACGGGGGCUUACACCAAAAGUACCAUCACUCAGAUUGAGAGGCGGUUUGAGAUCUCAAGCUCUAAGGUUGGCACCAUCGAUAGCAGCUUUGAAAUGGGUAAUCUGUUGGUCAUUACUUUUGUCAGCUACUUUGGCGCUAAGUUUCACCGACCAAAGAUCAUUGGAUCAGGGGUCCUGUUGAUGGGUGUAGGGACACUGUUAAUGGCUUUACCUCACUUCAUCAUGAGCCGAUAUAAGUAUGAUACAGCUGCCACCCACAUUAAUGAUCCUUAUAAUGUCACAGUGAGCUCCACAUGCUCAUCGGACCACAAGAAUCCCGUUCAACAGCUUGAUUCUGGGUGUCUAAAAGGGGAAGCGGAAAGCUCACCCAUGUGGGUCAUUUUACUGUUUGGAAAUAUUUUGCGUGGCAUUGGGGAAGCAAGCAUCGGCCCUCUGGGAAUGUCAUUCAUAGACGAUUAUGCACAUCCAGAAAACUCGGCUUUUUAUAUUGGCUGUCUGCAGACACUAGGAGUGAUUGGGCCAAUUUUCGGUUACUCGCUUGGAUCUUUUUGUGCUAGUCUUUAUGUGGACAUUGGCUUAGCAAACCAAGAGAGUGUGACCAUCACCCCUCAGGACUCUCGCUGGGUUGGGGCCUGGUGGUUGGGUUAUGUGCUUUCUGGGCUGUUGACCCUUCUUGCUGCUUUGCCUCUCUGGUUCCUGCCAAGAGCUCUACCUGAAUACCCCCAAACCUCUAAACUAGACCACCCCUCAAACCAACACAAACACACGCUCAGCAUUACAGAGAUAGCCAAAGAUUUUGGACCAUCUCUAAAAAGUCUGUUUACCAGUGGGAUUUAUCUCCUAUACAUGGUUUUCAAUGUGUUGGCAUUCAAUGCCUUUACCAUUUUCAUAACAUACUCGCCAAAGUAUUUGGAGCAGCAGUUUGGACAAAGCGCAUCUAAGACCAAUUUUCUCAUAGGAGUAAUGUUUAUUCCGUCAGCGGCUCUGGGUAUGUUCUUAAGCGGUUGGAUCAUGAAGAGGUUUAAACUGGAUCUGUUGGGAGCUUCAAAACUGUUGUUCUUCUCCUUUGUAAUCUCAUUGAUUUUCAGCAUACCAUACUUUGCUCUCAGCUGUGAAAUCACAGAUGUCGCUGGGGUCACAGUGCCCUAUCAAAGAUCUGUUGAAGUUCAAGAUGUAAGCAUACUCACUUCAUGCAAUGCUGACUGUGGGUGUCCUGACUUCCAAUGGGAUCCAGUGUGUGGACAAAAUGGAGUGACCUACAUCUCUCCAUGCCAUGCUGGCUGCAAGUCCACUCUGGGUGCAGGACAGAAUAUGACAUUCCACGGCUGUACAUGUAUCCAGAGCUGGGGACUGACUUCUGGGAACUCCUCAGCCGUGCUCGGACAGUGUCCACGAGAGACUAGCUGCACUACAAUGUUCUACAUCUUUCUGGCACUGAUGUCCCUCGCCUUCUUCGUGUACUGUCUGGGCACCGUUCCCUUCUUCCUCAUUUCACUGAGGAUUGUGGAUCCGUCUCUGAAGGCUCUCUCGGUGGGUGUAUUUACGCUAGUUUUAAGACUUUUUGGUGGUAUUCCUGCUUCCAUUUGCUUUGGUGCUCUGAUUGACUUGACCUGCCUGAAAUGGGGCCAGAAGAAAUGCGGUGGAAGCGGUGCAUGCAGAAUAUACGACACUGAAACUUUCAGGUACCUAUUUCUGGGACUGAUCGGCUCUCUUAAGAUAAUUAGCUGUACUAUGUUAUGGAUUUUCAUUUUAAAGAUUAAAAAGAACGUACAGAAAGACAAGCAAAUAUCCAAGGACAACGAACUCCACUAUACUGCGCUACGUGAUCCAGAACAGGACAAUUUCUAAAAUAAUUUAUAAUAAUUUUCUUUUGUUCCUGUUUUUUUUUCCAUUUUUUUUAUUUCUGUCACCAGGUGCCUGAGUAUCAUCUAUUCCAUUUAUCUGGUGUUCCACUUCCUUCAAAGUUAUUUAUGGUGAUUUCUCACCAGUGCACGAAUGUUGUACAUGUAAAUUUAAGUAGUUUUCACUUGGUUACUUACUGUGUUACCUUGAUUAAUAUUCAUAAUAAAACAUAUUUAAUUUUAUAAUGCAUUACUGUGAUCGGUGUCAUGAAUCAAAAAAUGACCAAAAGUCACCUUGAUACUCUAUUUGUGGGUGUUUUAAAUUUUGUAUACUCAUGUGAAACUGAUAUUUUUCACAAAAAUUUGUUGUGAAACAUACUGUGCAACGGUAUAAGAAAAAGGCAAACGCUGCGCAGUUGCAAGUUCUAAUAAAUUAUAUAAAUGUACAAACAGUA